UCCCCCACAACAACAAUGGCUCUGCCUCUGGCCUCGUCCCUCGUCCCGGCGCGAGCGAUUUCGACCUCUGCCGCGGCUUGUGGCAAGAAGAACUUCAGGAAGUUCCUCAUGUAUGGCAAGAGAGGGACGAGGCAGUUCAAGGAGCAAGUGAAAAGCGAUCCUACUUCGGAGUUUCAUCAGAUGUUUAGUCGUGGUGUGAGGCCAGUUGGUGAACUUGUAGGGAAGAAGUACGAAGUGAUUCCAGAAAGGAUUCCACAGCUUGUAGUACCUGACUUGGAAGGAUUUAAGCUGAAACCCUAUGUAUCCUAUCGUGUGCCAGAUGUCGUCCAAGGGGAGUUCCGUCCCCAAGACCUUUUCCACGCAGUGUAUAGCCAGAAGAUCGCAGAGGACUUCAAGGCUGGCAAGCUCGAUGAGGAAGGCAGACCCCAAGAACCAUCGGAGGAGGAACAGCUGACUCCAGAGGUUGCGAAGGCGAAGGCACUGAUGAUCGGUUCAGACAGGUUCUGAGCAGUCGAUGUGAGGGAGCUAGGUUAUUGCAAGGAAGGGCUUUAGCUUGGUAACUUCAUUUGUAAAAAGAGAUGAUUGUAUUGUGUAAGAGAGUUUGUUAAGUUAUUAAAGAAAUAUGUCAGUCUGGCAUCAUCACAUUUUCUGAAUUUUUAUGGUCUUUUUUGUGGUUGUUAUUAAAAGAUAUAUAUUAUUAUUGUCAUUAUUAGUUUUGAUGUUACUGUAAUUCUUAUCAGUUAUUACUAUUACUGCUAUUAUUAUUAUUAUUAUUUUUAUUAUUAUUAUCAUUAUCAUUAUUAUUAUUGUUUUUAUUGUUAUUAGCAUUAGCAUUUUUUUUUUCAUGUCUGGAAAAAGUACCUUGUAAAUAAAGUUUCAAGUCAUUUGUUCAAAGUUUUGUACAGUGUAAAUUGUAUUAAAUAUUUUGAGAAAA